UGAGGUUGCUGCUUGUACGAGAACUGGUGCUGAAUAGAGAAGAACGCACCAAGCAGAUUAUCAUUGCUUUCCUGUUGAUUUACAUGACAAGUCCUCUGUCUAGUAUUUAGACAUGAAGGGCUUUGUUCAUGUAGGAUGCUUUUUCCUCCUUGUUAUGUUACAAGUGCCACUGACAUUAGCAGCAGUGGGUGAUUUAUGCAUAUUUGAAGAUGCAGAAUAUGGUGACAGUGAUGUUUGGAAACCAGAACCCUGCAGAGUUUGCGUCUGUGACAAAGGGGAGGUCGCCUGUGAGGAAAUAAUUUGUGAUGAUGUCUUCUGCACUGAUCCAGAGAUCCCCCAUGGAGAGUGCUGUCCAAUCUGUCCAAACCCUAAUGGAGAAAAUGGCGGGUAUCCAGGUCCACCUGGUCCACCUGGUCCACCUGGAAGAGAUGGGUAUCCUGGCCCUCCCGGACCUCCUGGCCUUCCCGGACUUCCAGCAAUGAAUGGUGGAGGAGCUGUAUAUCAAGGUAAAUAUGGAUAUGGAUGGGGUGGCAAGAAAAGUGGCUACGGACCAGUAGUAGAACCUAGAACAGUCCAAGGUCCUCCAGGAAUUAGAGGUCCAGUUGGCCCCCCUGGACCACCUGGUCCAGCUGGUUACCAAGGGGGAACUGGUGAGACUGGACCUCCUGGUUCUAGGGGUCCGCCAGGUCCUCCAGGUCCAUUUGGACCUCCUGGACCAUCAGGCAAGGAUGGUUCCCCUGGAAGUUCAGGAAAAGAUGGACACAGAGGAUCGCAAGGUCUUCCAGGUCCUCCUGGUAAUCCUGGAAGAUCUGGCAUUCCCGGAAUGAAAGGACAUAGAGGGUUCAAUGGACUUGAUGGUAGCAAAGGUGAACAAGGAUCUCCAGGCCCACCGGGAAAUUCAGGCUCUCCUGGAUCCAAUGGCUUGCCCGGACCUGCGGGUCCUCCAGGUUUACGUGGUGAGAGAGGACGGGAUGGGACCCCUGGAACACCAGGUCAACGAGGAUAUAAUGGCAGUCCUGGCAAAGAUGGUCCCCCUGGCAGAAAUGGCAAUCCUGGGACUCCUGGUACUUCUGGUCCACCAGGAUAUAAAGGUGAAACUGGUGAAAAAGGUUCUCCUGGUCCUGGUGGUCCUCCAGGACCUAGAGGUCUACCAGGGAAUGUUGGUCCUGUUGGACACCGAGGAAAUCCUGGGAAUCCUGGAAAAAAUGGAUCACCUGGUACACCAGGGAUUCCGGGCCCUCCUGGAACUCCUGGGCACAUUGGUGGGCCUGGUGCCAUUGGUCCUCCAGGGCCAGCAGGAACUAAUGGAUCUCCAGGUGUUAAAGGUCUACCAGGCACACCUGGAAAGGAUGGUUCACCUGGUCUACCUGGAGGAAAGGGAGAACCUGGCACAACUGGGCAUCCUGGUUUUCCUGGCACUGAUGGUAAAGAUGGUAAACCAGGUCCCCCUGGUGAAUCUGGGCCAGCUGGUUCAGUAGGUCUUCCUGGCGGAAGGGGCCUUCCUGGACUUCAAGGCCGCCCAGGUAUCCCUGGCUCUUCCGGGGAGAAGGGCAAACCGGGUGAACCAGGCCCACCUGGCCCAACUGGACAUAGAGGAGCCCAUGGAGAACCAGGUCGUAAUGGUGAUCCUGGCAUUCCCGGUGAAAGAGGACGUCCAGGUGGCAUAGGACUCCCUGGUAAAGAUGGAAGAAUAGGACCACCAGGUCCUUCCGGAGAACGGGGUUCUUCAGGUCCACCUGGUCCCAAUGGACCAAGGGGACCACCAGGUGUCAUGGGUUUCCGUGGUCCAAAGGGUCCUGACGGGAGUCCUGGUAAGGAUGGAUCCCCUGGCCCAUCGGGUUCUCGCGGUGCCCAGGGCUUUCCAGGAAAACCUGGCGAGACUGGCCCUGCAGGUACUCCGGGACAACCUGGUCCAGUUGGUGAAAGAGGACCGGGAGGCCCUCCAGGAAAUAUUGGUAUUCAGGGACCAGUUGGUAAUCCAGGCCCACCCGGUGAAAGUGGAAAACCUGGUGAAAUGGGACCUCGUGGUGCAAAUGGUUUACCAGGAAAAGGUGGUGCAAAAGGCGAUAUAGGUACACCAGGCGAUCCUGGACCCCAAGGUCCCAUCGGGGUUCCCGGGAUUAGAGGCUCUCCUGGUGAACGUGGGUUAGGUGGAGCCAAGGGCGCUAUUGGGCCUGCAGGUCCACCAGGCCCAUCGGGCUUUCCAGGUCUACAAGGUAUGCCAGGUGAACGAGGUCUUCCAGGUAGCAGUGGUCCAAAAGGUGGAAAGGGGGAUGGUGGUCCUCCAGGAAAUGAUGGUGCACCAGGCAAAGAUGGUUCUCCAGGCCAACCAGGUCCCAUGGGUGGUCCAGGUCUACCGGGUGGUACAGGAGAGAGGGGUGAGCCUGGUCCUGCUGGUCAUCCUGGGCCUGGUGGAAUUCCAGGCCCACGUGGUGAACGAGGAGAACCUGGUCGACCUGGCAACAGUGGAUUUCCUGGACCACCAGGUUUAGAUGGGCAAGUUGGCCCUAAGGGGUCUGAUGGCAAGCCAGGCCCAAAAGGUGAACCUGGACUUCCCGCUUUAACAGGGAAACCUGGAACUCAAGGUCCACCUGGCUCCCCUGGGCCUGCAGGUGCAAAAGGUUUACCGGGACCACCUGGCUUUCCUGGUGGUUUAGGUAUGACUGGUCCUCCUGGUUUACGUGGUCCACCUGGUUUAUCAGGUGCUGCUGGUAAUCCUGGUCAUCCGGGCCCAGUUGGUAAAGUGGGCCCUCCUGGUGAAGGAGGUAAAACUGGUCCCCCUGGUAGAAACGGAUCACCUGGUUCCAGAGGAGAACCUGGUCCCCGGGGUUUACCAGGAGAACCUGGCAAAGAAGGAAAUCCAGGUUCAGCUGGACCUCCAGGCCCCUCAGGAAUCAUAGGACCAGUUGGCACCAGGGGCUUACCUGGUAUGCAGGGUCCAUCAGGUUUACCGGGUGAUCGUGGUUCACCAGGUUCAAAUGGGUCACCGGGUAGUCCUGGUCCUGCUGGUAAAGACGGUUCUCCUGGUAUGAGAGGACUACCAGGAAAUCCUGGACAACCUGGUCAACCUGGCAACAAGGGUGAACCUGGUCCAAGUGGCUUUCCUGGCCGAGAUGGAAACCCUGGUCCUAAGGGUGAGCGGGGUGAGCCUGGGGGACCAGGCUAUCAAGGUUCACCAGGAGCUCCUGGACCUCCAGGUCAGCCUGGUACAUCUGGCAAACCCGGUGAGAAAGGUCCCGGGGGUCCUCCAGGUCCACAAGGUCCUCCAGGCUUAAAUGGGGGACGUGGAUUGCCGGGUGCACCAGGUGUACAUGGUGAAAAAGGUCAAGAUGGAAAACCUGGUAUGAUGGGUUUCAAGGGUCACCAAGGAAGGCCUGGUUUACCAGGUCUCCCAGGGCCUUCUGGUAAUACUGGAGAACCAGGUCAAAGUGGAAUUCCUGGAGGUCAAGGUCCAAGAGGUCCAAGUGGUCCACCUGGCCACCCUGGCAAAGAUGGUAACAAUGGCUUUCCAGGUCCCAUUGGUCCUCCUGGUCCACGGGGUACGCGUGGAGAACCUGGCCCCAGCGGUGCUCCUGGUAAAGAUGGUCCUAUAGGACUCCCUGGUCCACCAGGUUUACCUGGAUCAGGUUUCGUACAACCGAUGGAAAAGGGCCAAGUGUACUGGAAUGCUGAUCAGCCCGGUGAAUCGGUAGCGGUGAGCGUUGUUGAAAUAAUGGCUGUACUGAAAAGCCUAAACAGCCAAAUGGAGACUGUGCUGACACCAGAUGGAUCACAGAAAAGCCCAGCACCCAGCUGUCGCGAUUUAAAAAUUUGUCAUCCGGAAUUCAAGAGUGGAGAGUACUGGAUUGAUCCUAAUCAAGGCUGCAGAAUGGAUGCCAUCAAGGUACACUGCAACAUGGAUACUGGUGAGACCUGUGUGCUUUCCAAUCCCAGCAACGUGCCUCGGAAGAACUGGUGGGCAAGCAAAGAGAGUCACAUCAAGAAGCAUGUGUGGUUUGGUGACUCCAUGGACGGUGGCUUUCAUUUCAGUUAUGGUUCUACUGGAGUGUCUGAAGAUAUUGUUGAAACCCAAAUAGCAUUUCUUCGAAUUCGAUAUGCUCAAGCUGUCCAGAAUAUUACCUACCACUGUAAGAACAGCAUUGCCUACAUGGACUAUGAGAAUGAAAAUGUUAAAAAAGCUUUAAGACUAAUGAGCGCAGCUGAUGUUGAACUCAAAGCAGAAGGAAACAGGAUAUUCACAUACAACGUCCUGGAAGAUGGUUGUACAAAGCACACAGGAGAAUGGGGCAAGACUAUCUUUGAGUACCGAACACGGAAAACGAUGCAUCUGCCCAUUGUAGACAUUGCACCCUUCGAUAUUGGUGGCAAGGAUCAGGAAUUUGGUGUUGACGUUGGGCCUGUCUGCUUCUUGUAACACUGAAGAUAGUUUGAACAGUCACUUGCAGUACAUAACCAAACUGCACUUAACUUGCUUAUGUCUGAAGCUACCAGGACGACAAGUUCUAAAUCACUUGAUCAUUUGAAUAAAAGUUAUAUGACACAUCAGAAAAUGGAAUAAAAUAACAAAAUGUCACAGGUGUUCAAAUAACUAAUGCUCUCUGGUACUUAACACUGGGGUGAAAUCAAGUGUAAUUUUACAGAACACCGAACAUUCCCAAUAGCAGAUUUGACCUCGCCCUUCUUUCUUACUAGGAGCGUAACUGCAUUUAAAACUUACCCAGCUUCAACUACCUCACCACGGACAGAAACUGGGAUAAGUUUGAUGCUCCCAAGAAAAUAUUGCACUAGAUAAGUAUCUAAAGCCUCUGUCUCCAAAAUGUGGCUAAACAAUCCAGAAGGAAUACAUUUGAGGAUGAUUCAAGGUGAAGUACAACAAGUGAAAAUAUGUUCAUUCAUUAUUGAAGUAUGGCAGCACAUCUAUUACAAAUAAAUUGUAUAAAGUACCCUAUAAUUAAAUGGUGUGUUCAGCCAUUUGUCUACUGGUGCUUAUACUCUUGAGAAAAUGUUGCCUUAAAACUGGUGCUAUUUUGAGUAUAACAUACUAAAUCCUUGAAAUUUCUAUUUCAAAAACUUCUAGCUUUUGCAGUAAUACUUUCUACAGGUCUCAAAAUUAUGAAUCCAUUUUCAUUUAUUAACUGAAACUGUGCAAGAUUAUCAGUCAGCAGCUUUGUGAGCUAUUAAUGAGAUUAAAGGUUUCUUCCCGUUUUGAUUUAUACAUCUAUGUAACAUGAAUUCAGGUUUUUUCUAUAACAGUGUUUUGAAUACUUAUGUCAUAGAUGAAACAAAUAAAUUGUCUAAAUAAAAAAAAUUGUUUUGACUU